GUCCUCUUCUAUUUCAACUGCCGCGAGGGUCCAGAGAGAACUGAUGAAGAACUUCGAAGUUUCCCGCGCAUAAAUCGGCGGCGCGCGCAACCGUUUCGCGCGCAAUUUUUCACGCGCAUGCGUGCUCUGCCCUGCAGCGAAAUUGGGCGUUGCUCGUUCUUUUUCGUCGUCUCCCGCUCGCUCCGCCUGUGAUCGAGCAGAGCAAAGAAGGCUUGUUCGGCACUAAAAUAUAUCGGAGGAGAACGCCGCCUUCUUUGUGGCUGCAGCAAAAUUGCCGAACUGAGUGGUGUCAGGACUUGCAGCCAUGGCUCUGUCUGAACCAGCUGAGUUUGGUCAUCCUGACUUCAUCCUCCUGGAAAAGGUCAACGAGGCGGCAUUCAUGGCCAACCUCGAGUUGCGGUUUGAGAAGGGAAAGAUCUACACAAAUAUUGGCGAAGUGGUUGUAUCUGUCAAUCCAUAUCGUUUCAUUGACAUCUACAACGAUGAAUAUGUGGAGGAAUAUCGAGGCAAAGAAUUCUACGAACGCCCACCACAUAUUUUUGCGAUAGCUGAUGCUGCUUUCCACGACAUGCAGCGUCUCCAUACCAACUCUGCAUUCUGAUCUCCGGCGAAAGUGGAUCAGGAAAGACCGAAGCAUCAAAAAUUGUGAUGAGAUACCUCUCUAAUGUAUCUCAAAACGUGCAAGUCGUUGAUCGUGUCAAGAACUUGUUAAUACGGUCAAAUCCAGUUCUGGAGGCAUUCGGCAAUGCCCAGACGACAAGAAACGACAACUCAUCCAGAUUUGGGAAGUACAUGGACAUCAGGUAUGACCACAGAUUUGAUGCUCAGGGGGGCCACAUCAGGACAUAUCUUCUGGAGAAAGCCAGGGUUGUCCAUCAUGGAGAGGGAGAGAGAACCUUCCACUGCUUCUAUCAGUUGUUGAGCGGAGCAGACUCUGCUCUGUUGAAAGCACUGGACCUGCAAAAGGACCCGACCAAGUAUCACUACCUCUCGAUGGGAGGAGAGAGCUGUGAAUGCAUUCCAAAUGACAAGAAACUCUACAACGAAGUCCAGAGGACAAUGGGGUUGCUAAACUUUGGAGGUCAACUGAUCAAGAGCAUUCAGAAGUUGCAGGCAGCAAUCCUUCACCUCGGAAACGUGGAGUUGGUUGAUGGAGGAGACGGGGAGAGCUCCAAAGUAGCCAACAGGCCCACUGCUCAUCUCGUCGCCCGUUUGCUGGGGACACCAAAAGAAGAGAUUGAGAAGGCCCUAACUGUGCGAGUGGUGGCAGCCAAGAGAGAUGUGGUGGAGGUAAAAACCAAGGUCGACAAGGCUGUCUAUGCCCGUGAUGCCCUUGCCAAGGCAAUAUACGAGAGGCUGUUUGUCCAUGUGGUGAAGAAGAUUAAUGAGAACGUAGAAGCUCAUUUGGACGAGGAGGAGACCAGCACUGUCAUAUCUGUCCUUGACAUCUACGGAUUUGAAGUCUUUGGUGUAAACAGUUUUGAGCAGUUUUGCAUCAACUACUGCAACGAGAAGCUCCAACAACUGUUUGUUGAGCUGGUACUGAGGCGAGAACAGGCAGAGUACACGAGCGAAGGCAUCGAGUGGAUUCACAUUGACUACUUCAACAACGAGCCAAUCUGCAAGAUGAUGGACGAAAGUCCCGAGGGGAUGUUUGUGAUUCUUGACGAGGAAUGUCUGAGACCAGGGGCAGAGGACGACAAGAGGGUGGUGAUCCACAUGGACAAGACCUUCAAGAACAGCCCCUACUACCUCAGCAAUGGCAACAGCAAAGCCAAGAACCUUAGGAUCCACGAGGAGUUUCAGAUCAAGCACUAUGCUGGCAUCGUCACCUACUCCAUUGUUGGGUUCAUGGACAAAAACAGGGACACCCAGUUCCAAGACCUGAAGAGGAUGCUGUAUAAUUCUGAGAUGGAGCUUCUGAAAGAGCUGUUCCCUGAGGGUGCCAAUCCGAUCACCGAGAUGACGAAACGGCCAAUCACGGCAGGGAUGCACUUCAAAAACGACAUGGCGGAUUUGGUGGAGUUGAUUAACAAACACGAGCCCCACUAUAUCCGUUGCAUCAUGCCAAAUUUGAACAAGGAGCCUCGAGAAUUCGACGAUCAACUUUGCGUCAACCAGGUCCGCUACCUCGGACUGGUUGAGAACAUGAAGGUACGCAGAGCUGGGUACCCCUUUCAGACUUCCCUACAGCCGCUUCAUGAAGAGGUACAAGAUGAUAUGGGGAGGGACCUGGCCCACGUACACAUGGAGCGACGAGGAAGCUUGCAGGAAGAUGAUAUCUCACUACCACCUCGACAAGUGGUCAGCUUCGGCAAGACCAAGGUAUUUAUCAAGACACCGCGGACUGUGUAUUACCUCGAGGAGGAGAGAGAAAGGAGGAUGCCAGGAGUGAGUCUGACAGUGGCGCGCUGGUGGAAGGGAUUCAUGGCCCGGAGUCUCGCCCGGAGAAUGAGGAGGCCUUCUACGCGUCAUGAUCUCCUUCAGGCGUUUCUGCGGCAGGAAGUGGAUGGAGCAAGUGAUCGAAGAGUUCAAAGAAGUCAAAAAGUUGCCAACUUUGGAAAAGACAAGCCAGUGCCUCAACCCAACAGGGCUGUGCUGAAGAGAGGCCAUAGGCUGUUGGAGAAGGUGAAGCACAACUGGUGGGCCAAGGAAAAGAUUCUCCAACUGACACCAGCUGAGCAGUAUGAGGUUCGUCUGAAGACAAUCGCACAAACUUUGCUCAAGGGGAGGAAAAAGCGAUGGAUAUUCCAGGAUCGCUGGCUUGGUGAUGAACUGUCUGAUCCCAAACGCAACACGAAAGCCGAGAUGUACAAACGAUCAAUGACGGCCAUCCAAGAUUUGAACAAGGACAACUCUCGACUCUAUUCCGCUAGAGUCACAAAACUCAGCCGCUCCCUAAAAUCCUCAACCAGGAUAUAUGUGCUGUGUGACCUCCACUUCUACCGUCUCUAUGACGACUAUACCAUGAAGAAGGCGCCAAUUGACAUUGGUGACAUUCUUGGAAUAUCCCUCUCAACUGGCCCUGACCAAGCUCUCGCCAUACACUGUGCUCCAAACAUUGGAGACUGCGUGUUCUACAUUGAGAAUGGCCGGCCGGCUGCCGAGCUAGUCGCUGCCAUCUGGCUCACGUACUACCGCAAGUACAGGAAGGAACUUCGCGUCAAAGUCACGGACCAGAUUAACUACUCCGGGCCUGGCGUCAAGGAAGGUGUCCUAUUGUGUGAGAGUGGAGCCAGUUCAACUGCCUUCAGGAAGGUUGGAAAAGGUGUCAUCCUCGACUGGGCCGGGAGAAAAUAGCUGACACACUGCUUCUGCUGCAUUAUACUAUAAUUAUACAGACUUGGACUUACAAACCACACUUGACUAAGGCUACUUUUUAUUGUAGGAAGACACUUUUAGAUUGCCCACUGUACGUUUUAUAGUUUCUCUGUUGAAUACCAUUUCUUAAAUAAGUGAAAAUAAGUUUUAUACACAGAAAAAUAGACGGAAAAAAAAAGUUAAAAAUUUACAAAAAUAAUUAUCGCUUUGGUUUCAUAGACAUUUCCAACAUAAUUGUCUGGUCUUUUGUAUAUUUUUUCAGUGUAUCGAUUGGAAUGAAGUCAAGUAGGCCAGAUGCAGCAUUCAUGUCAGGGGAUGAUUCGGAGGGGGGUGGUGGUCGUUGUUUGAAGCAGGGUGAGUCAGGGUCGGAGCGGCAGUUUUUUAUCCACGGUCGAGCAUUUUUCCCCAGAAGAUCGAGAAUGCAGAACGUGAGUGUGGCAUCCAGUGGCCAUUUCAAAAGCCCGUCAUAGGCUCCAUGUACGGGUCUCAUGAAAAUCGAAACGUGGGACCCACCGCUCUCUGGAUGUCCGUUGAAGUAGAGGUAGGCUCGAACGCAGUAGCCACAGGGGUGCGUUGGCCAAACGGGGCUGACAAGCGGUAGAUUGGGAUACUUUUUCGCAUUUUCGAGUGCUUCAACUACAUUUACUCUCCAGCGACAUUGCAUCCCAGACCCAUUCGGUGGAGGACCAGCACCAGUUGAAAAUACGCUGAAAUCACCUGAAGUGCUCUUAGUUGUUUCCUCCGAGAAAUUCAGUUCACUUUCAAGUGCACGUUUCUGAGCGAGGACUUCAGCGCGUUUAGCGUUUAGCGCUAGUUUCAUCCCUCCUUCAUCGAGUGCCACUUCAAUUUUCUUCUGCCCUUCGCUUAAAUCCGAGACAGAUUCCUCUAAGGUGCCAGCAAUUGUUUCAAAGUCACAGCUCUUCAAGUCAGGACUUGGUAUGGGCUCUACAUGUUUCCCCGUGAGUUUCUCCUUUUCAGUCUUCGAGACAUGAUAAUUCUCAAUAUUAAAGGUAUCUGCUGUUGGAAGAUCCAGUUCAAGGUCGUCAAUGUUGAUUUUUGUACCCUCAAGAACAAGAAGCUUUUCUUCUAAUUUUGCCAUCUGUUGCAGGAGAUUAAAUUUUUUUUGCUCUUCAACUGCUAAUCUCCCCUUGAGGUAGAUGUUCUCUUGAAAAACGUCCGUUUUUAAUGGACACAAAUGACUCUAGAAUAAUUCAUACAGCUACUAUCAGCAUUAGUAUACAUUUUAUGUAGUGAUGGUGUGGGUCAGGUAGCACAUGUGUCCAUGUUCUGGGGGUGAUUUAGUGGGAAGAGGCAACCACUUUGCACACUUUCUCACCCCAUGUCAUGCACACAUGUGCGAAUUAACAGUGACAAUAAUUAUAAUUUAUUAUUAUAAGGCGGACACAUUUUGCAAAUUGGCCACAACAAUAAGGCAAAGGUGCAAAAUUAUUAGAGAGCAGUCAUUUAACUGUCACUGGGAAGUGGUGAUCUGACAUUGAUUAUUUUCAGAGGCCAGCCACUUCCUCAGCAUCUAGGAUUGGCAGUUAAAAGGCGGCAGUAAAACAACCAGGUUAGAGUCUCAUGUUCGGAAGGCUUGAAAAGGAAGAAACAUACCCCCUCUCCCAUAUUACUGCCUAUAUAAUAUUGCAUCGUCAGCAGGCCAUGUUUUUGGUUGUCCGUGCGCUACAUGACAAGCCCCUCACACGCAAUUUAUUCCGUUUCGUAACAUGCAGUGUGUGUGCAUGACGACCAGGGGGCAAUAGGCGACGGCGGAGAGGGCUGCCGACGUACACGACGCACAGUAGAAUAAUAAUUUAGGAGGAAUAUUUGAAGCUACUCACUUCGAAUUUUUCAAGUCUUCCUUGCCAACCGCAAACUUCGCAAUGAACGGUCCAACACUUCAUUUCCUUCCAUACGGCAUUGUCUUGGCGGUAGUCGGCAGUAUCUCUUCGUUACUGACGCAAGAUUUGCAAAAGCAUUUUCCCGUCUUUAUAUUCUGGACAGGUUCACGAUAGAUCAAACCACAUAACUCGCAGCGAAAUCGUUUUUCGUCCUCGAUACAAUGGCAGUGAGUGAGCCCAGGCAUUUUUUCUACCACUAAAGCAA